GAAAGCGCUUGUACGACUUGUAUGGACUAUGGCUUUCAGUGUUCAGUGUGUGGUGGUGUUAACGUAUCAUGCCGAAUUUAACAUGGGCGCUGUUAUAUGCAGUGAUCAUAACUUCAGUGACACAUGUUCGGUUGGAUGAAGUAAAAGAUAGUGAAACUGUCGCCGCCUUAUACGAAGAAGGGACACAAGCUUACCUGGAAGAAAGAUUUCCAGUAUGCGUAGAAAAAUUGGAACAAGCCCUGGAAAAAUACCGGUGGCAAAGAAGGAACACUCAGAAUUGUAGAUUAAAGUGCAAACAGGAGAGCGAGGCCUCAGAUACACUGUUUCCGGUCGAUAUUGAAAACUUGCGGUUUUUUGAAAAAAAUAUCAAAAACACCCUUUGCCUUAUUAACUGCAAAAUAGAUAGCAAUGGAAAUAAUGAUAAUGUCGAUGAUGAAAUCCAGAAACUGUUUGAGGAAAGAAAACCGUAUGAAUAUCUGCACUUAUGUUACUUUAAGGUAAAUGAUGUGCAAAAAGCUGCAUCUGCAGCAUUCACCUAUCUGGUUUUAAAUCCAGACCAUAAAGUGAUGGCAAAAACCUUAAAACAAUACUCUGAACUACCUGGAGUUGAUUUAAAGGAUGUCAUCAAUUUUGAAGCAAAGGAUUUCGUUUAUCUGUACGUAUAUGGGUCUGACGCUUACGAGAAGAAAGACUGGGAUAAUGCAAUAAAUAAUAUGGAAGAAAGUCUAGCGUCUUAUUUGCACGAGGAGGAAGAGUGUAGAGCUCAAUGCGAAGGUCCUUUUGAUGCUGGCUGGUAUCCAGACUUUGUUCCUGCAAUUGCCAAUCAUUUUACCUACGUGCUAAAAUGCAAGCAGGGUUGCAAAAAAAAGUUGGGAUCUUUAAAUGGAGAAAUCCAUGCCGAUCUACUGGCGAGCCAUUACAAUUACUUGCAAUAUGCGUAUUUUAAAAAAAGGAAUCUGUACGCAGCUUGCCAAGCAGUGGCGUCUUACCUCUUGUUUCUCCCUGAUGAUGAAUCCAUGCUAGCGAAUAUGGAAUACUAUCAGAAGCUUCCGAAAGUUCAAGACAGCUUCUUCACACCUAGAGAAGAAGUAAUCCGUUAUGUUCAGCGUGAUACGUACGAAGAAAGAAUACUGCGAUAUAUCAAAAAUGAGUUUAAAUUCAGCAAGACCUCAGCACAGAUAGCGGAAGCCAAGCAAGGAAGGAGAAACUUCCGUUUCACAAAAAAUGCAACCGAUUUGGGCGGUGGGAAGCGAUUUGCUUCAGACGGUCUAAUUUCACGAAACGAGUGCCAAAAAUUGGUUUAUAUUGCAAAUAAUUUUAUGAACAUCAACGACGGCUAUAAGGGAAGCAGUGGCGGUGAAAAAUCAGCAUCUCCACAUACGAAAAAUGAAAAAUUUGAAGGUAUUGAUCUACGUAGAAUAUCAUUUUUGGUUUACAUAGGAUUAUUGAAACCGGCCUACCUUCGUCUUCUGCUUGAAAUUACCGAGGAAAUGAGAGUUAAAUUGGUGCACAAAUUCAAUAUUGAAGAGUCACUGUACUUUUCCUACACACAUCUAGUUUGCCGAUCUGCCUUGGCAGGUAGCUCUCAAAAUAGAACUGAUUUAAGUCACAAGAUCCAUGCAGACAACUGUAAUGUACUUGGAGAUAAUAUUUGUGCAAAAAAGUAUCCAGCUUUUCACUGGAGAGAUUACAGCGCGAUAUUGUAUUUAAAUGAUGAUUUCGAAGGAGGGCAUUUCAUUUUUUCUGCGGAUUCCAAGGGCAGAAAAAUUCAGAGUUCAAUUAUGCCGAAAUGUGGUCGGAUGGUUGGUUUUUCCUCGGGAAGUGAAAAUCUCCAUGGAGUUACAGGAGUGACCAAAGGUAGAAGAUGUGCGUUGGCAGUUUGGUUUACUUUGGAUCCAACUUAUCAAGAACUAGACAGGGAUGUUUCUCAACACAUGUUGGAUAACGAUAUCACGUUUCAUCAGUAUUAUAGCCAGGAUAUUAAUACGGAGUGAAACAUUUUCUUUUAGUGUUGCGAAAUGUUGUUGCUCGUCGUGCUUUAAACUUACUUUUUAAAUUCACUGCGUUCGUUCUGAGCAAUGAAUGUAUGUGUAUGUGUUCAAAUCACACCUUUUUGUGGUUUUGUUACUGUUUUACAGUUUUGAGAUUAAUUUCAGGUUUGUUAGGAUACGUUUAAUAGGUUUUCAGUUACUAACUUAAUUUUUAAGAAACAACGGUUGUGCUGAAGAGAUAUUUUGGGUUGUGCUUUUUAAUUGUUUACUUAUAUUUAAGCCAUUUGUUUUAUUAGUAUUAUGUACUUCACUUUUGCUAGUCCAUAACGAACUCAGGCCAUUUUAUUAUGAACAAAUAGUGUAAUAAAUUUUUGUAUAUAUAUAA